AUGCGUACAUUGGAAGUAAACGCUGGUGGCGGUGUACUGCAGCGGCACUUUCUCCUCGCUGGUGAGACGUACACGAUUGGCCGCAAAGAGUGCCGCAUUUUACUGCCGAACGGAGAUCCGUCCAUCUCUCGACAUCACGCCGAUCUCACCGUCAAACCACAACAACAUCAUAAUCAUAACAACAGUAGUUACACCAGUAAUGGGAAUGAUUCAGAUGAGAAUGAUGUGGCCACUGCGGUGGAUUUCGUGCUGCGUGAUUGUUCCAAACACGGUACUUUUGUAAAUCGCGAGCCACUCGGCCGCGACACGGUUUGUUUUUUAUACCCGGAUGAUAUUGUAAAGUUCGGCAAACGUGUUUCCGCCCGUGUGAGUGAUACUGGUAUGGUGUUAUUAUUGGCAGAGUCCCCAUUCUUAAGUUCCAACGAUCGUCAAAUCCUGCGGGAUGCGGCCUGGCGACUUGGGGCCUUUGUGGUCCGCGGCCCUGUUCCCUCGCCGGCCACUCUGCGUGGACAGGCCCAAGAUGUGAUUGCGCUUUUAUACAUUACACACGAUGGGUAUGAGAUGACACCAGAGAUACUACUCGCGAUGGCCCAACAGUAUUUUAUCACCACAGCGGCGUAUGUGCAGUCGUUGGUGGAGGCAUUGCGAGAGAAGUGUGCAUGCUCGCCGGCGGAGUUCCCAACACCAACGGUACCAUUGCCAGCGAAUAUACACUUUCACAAGGAUGAGUAUACACCACCGGUGACAAUAUUUUAUGAGCCGGGGGAGUUUCUUAGUCGUGGCUCCACCGGGGAGGCAUCAUCCUUGUUAUUACGGCAAUAUACAUUCCUCUUCUUGGAUACGAGAGUACAUGCAAAGUAUGAGGCAUUGCUGCAGAUAUGCGGGGCCACCGUUGUGCUCAUCUCACCAGAUAACGCCACCAAGUUUCAUGCGCAUUUACAAGAUAUAUUUACCAUCGCCCUAACGAGUGAUGAGAUGUUUGAAUCCCUAGAAGCCGCAUUAGCAUUGGGAAAGGAACAACAGACAAUUGACAAUAGCCAUACGAAUAACGGUAAUAACCAAAAUGGGGGUAAGAAAAAAGAGAAAUACCACACAAUAACGAAGAAUAAUGAAAAUGUGGAAGCAGCAUAUAUAACAUUAUACAAGGCUGGUAUUUGUGUGAUUCCGGAGUUAAAUGUACAACGAGCCAUCUUUACUGGUAAUGCAUCAGAGAUAAAUGCAACCCCAACGGCUCGUUGUCUUAUUUGUAGAGAAAAAACACCAAAUACCCUAGCAACUGAAAAGGAUACGGAGAAGAAUGAUUCCAUGGUAUUAAAUCACACAGUACAGAGAGCAAAAGAAGAUGUAAAUAUAAAUGUACGCAAGAGAGAAAUAGACAGCAGUAAGCCUUUGAGGGAAAUUGAAAAGAAUACAGAUUCUCAGGCAUUGAAUGGUACGGCGGCACCAUUAGAGAAUGAGAAGUCUAAUCGGGUAAAAGAGACAAGAUAUGAGGAACUCGUAAACCAUCACCGAGAGAAUGAAAAGAAUGAAAAGAAUGGCACAUUAGGGAAGGAACCACGCGCCUCUGUGGGUUCAUCUAUACAACCUACCGUACACCAUUCAAACAGCAGCACAGAGAGAAAAAGAGCAGAAUCCAUGAAUGCCUCAUCUUCACAGGAAAGAGAAGUACUCACAAGAACAGAUACAUGCCGUUCACUGGAAAGACGUCCAGUGGUGGUCCACGUCCCAUCACAAAUGACUGCGGACGGAAUACCAAUCUCAACACCAAUCUCCAUAACAUCAGCAGGAUCACCCAUACGAAGACGGGUGAUAGCCCACAAAGUGUCUACGUAUACACCCCAAAGAGCCCACUCCGCACAUUUGAGUAAUUCUGAAGAGAAUGAACCACAGCCGCGACCACCACACGAGGUGCCGCGGCCAUCAUCGCAGGUGUUAACAUCUGCCGCAGUAUCACGCACGUCCUCUCGUCUUCCAUCUGUGGAGCCCGCUGCCACCACACAUCUUGAAGUACUGCAGAGACAACAGAAUCGUCGACAGCAGAGAAAGGCAUUUGAGUCUGGAAACACCACUAUCACUAUCACUACCAACCCAACAACAACAACAACAACACCAACAACAACAAUAAUGAAUACAGGACGAAAUGCAGACUCCACACCAUCAAGUAUAUUCCGGCGAGGCUCAACACCAUCCAUACAAUACGGUGAGACCACACACCGCAGCAGAAGUAAUGGUGCUCAGAAGCCGCGAGCCUCAAGUGUGGUGGAUUCACAACAAGCACGUCAGCGUACACAUUCACUUCUCAGUUAUUACGGAUAUACCACACAUUCCUCUCCACGAGAUCCGCAACGACCGCAACUGUACACGAAAUCAGCGUUAGGUUCAUCCUCUGCCAGAUACCGUCGCAAUUCGACUGGUCGUAGCCCGUCUCCAGUGAUGUCUUAUAAUAGGAUGGGAAGCAAACCGUUAAUAUAUGAAGCGGGGGAAUCGACAACUGCAGGGCCUUCAUCAUCAUUACAUAGACAACAAUUAGUCUCAGCUCGAUCAAAGAUGGAACGUAAUUCCAGUGCUCGUGGUACGGAUGGUAUGAUGAAUAGUAAUCCUAAUUCUACAGAGGCUGUAGAGUACAUACGAAUGGAUAAAGUUCUUGGUAGACAAGCGGCGGACUUCCUUCGCAAGUUUCUCGAUAUAUUUGCUGUGGAUGCAGAGAAGUCCUGCCGUCUAUUGAUGAAACAGGGUUAUCUGGACGCUAUGAGUAAAAAGUUUCUUGAGGGUGGAAUGCAACGUGUGCAGGAAUUCCUCACCUUUGUACAGAAAGCCCAGUUUGAUAUUCCCCCAAUGUACAGUACAGAGACUACACGUCAGUAUGUACAUGAGGUGCGAAGGAAAUCCCACUCAACACUGGAUCGCAUUAGAUGCACAUAUGAAGCAGUGAAGGCAGAACUACCAGCGUUCCUUAUUCAACAACAACAACAACAACAACAACAACAACAAGAGCAUCAACAAAAGGUGCGUAGUGGGUCUGCAGUGGGGAGGCAGUCAUCACUGCAGAGAAUGUCUUCUGUAAAUAGCAACCGGAGGUCAUCAUUUCUGUACGCUCACUGA